AUGAGCGCCGUCAAUCUGCUCCCAGAUUAUAUGAAGAUAUACUAUAGAGCUCUCCUAAAUCUCUACGAAGAAUUCGAAAAGGAAAUGACAAAGCAGGGAAGAUCCUAUAGCGUUUGUGGUUCAAAAAAUGUAGUAUGCCCUUUUCAUGGUCUAAAAAGAACUAUUAUUUCCACCUUAUAUAUCCUAAUAGUAACAAGGAUUUAUUUUGUUUUAACUCAUUACCAGUUACAAGAACUUGCCAGGAGUUACUACGUAGAGGCCAAGUGGUUCAAUGAAGGAUAUGUGCCAUCAUUCGAUGAGUAUAUGGGCAACGCACUUAACACCGCUGGUUAUUCCCUGCUGACAACAUCAUCCUUUGUGGGCAUGGGAGAAAUUGGUACAACUGAGGCUUUUGAUUGGAUUAAAAAUAAACCUAAAAUUCUUGUUGCUUCAUGUACAAUUGUAAGGCUCAUGGACGACAUAGUAGAUUAUGAGGAAGAACAGGAGAGGGGACACUUCGCUACAGGAAUUAUAUGCUACAUGAAGGAGCACGCAGGCAUGUCCAUAGAAGAGGUAACUAGCGAGUUCAAUAGAAGGAUUGAAAAUGCAUGGAAAGAUAUCAAUGAGGAAUGCCUGAAGCCAAACUCCAUCUCGAUGAAUCUUCUAAGGAGAAUUGUCAACCUAACCAGACUAAUGGAUGUCCUUUUCAAGAAUGGUGAUGGAUAUACUCAUCCAGAAAAAGAGUGGAAAGAUCACAUUGUCUCAACGUUCAUCGAUCCCAUACCCGUAUGAGCAUGGAUUUGCUGUUUGCAUUAUGGUUGGUUUACUUCUCUGAAGAUGAAU